GCGAUCGAUCUACGAUGGCGCCACCAAGCACAGCCCCCGCGGCGGCGCUCUUCCUCGCCGCCCUCCUCGUCCUCUCCGCCUCCCCGGCGGCGGCGGCGAGGCUGCGUUCCUCCUCCAAGGCGAACGGCAAGCACGGCGUCCCGGCGGCGUCGACGACGUCGGCAGCCGGGCCGCACGACAUCCCGGCCGUGUUCGCGUUCGGCGACUCCACGCUGGACCCGGGCAACAACAACCGGCUGGUGACGGUGGUGCGCGCCGACCACGCGCCCUACGGCCGCGCCUUCCCGGCCGGCGUGCCCCCCUCUGGCCGCUUCUCGGACGGCAAGCUCAUCACCGACUACAUCGUCGCCGCGCUCGGCAUCAAGGACCUGCUCCCGGCGUACCACGCCAGUGGGGUCACCCACGCCAACGCCACCACCGGGGUCAGCUUCGCGUCCGGCGGGUCCGGCCUCGACGACCUCACCGCGCACACCGUGCAGGUGUCGACGUUCUCGUCCCAGAUCGCCGACUUCCAGCAGCUCAUGUCCCGGAUCGGCGAGCCGCAGGCCGCCGACGUCGCCGCCAAGUCCCUCUUCAUCCUCUCGGCCGGCACCAACGACGUGACCAUGAACUACUUCGACUUGCCGUUCCGCGCCCUCGAGUACCCCACCAUCGACGAAUACCAUGACUACCUCAUCAGCCGCUACCAGUCCUACAUCCAGAGCCUGUACAAGCUGGGGGCGCGGAGGUUCAUUGUCGCCGGCAUGCCGCCGGUGGGGUGCCUGCCGAUGCAGAAGAGCCUGAGGGGGCUGCAGCCGCCGCUGGGGCACGGCUGCGUGGACCGGCAGAACGAGGAGACGCAGCGGUACAACGCCAAGCUGCAGAAGGCGCUGGCGGCGCUGGAGAAGGAGUCCCCCGGCGCCAGCCUCUCCUACGUCGACACCUACGCGCCGCUCAUGGACAUGGUGGCGCAGCCCAGCAAGUACGGCUUCACGCACACGGGGCAGGGGUGCUGCGGCUUCGGGCUGCUGGAGAUGGGGGUGAUGUGCACCGACCUGCUGCCGCAGUGCGACUCGCCGGCGCAGUACAUGUUCUUCGACGCGGUGCACCCCACGCAGGCCGCCUACAGGGCCGUCGCCGACCAGAUCAUCAAGACCCACGUCUCGCAGUUCACAACCAAUUAGUCACUAGUAGUACUAGAUAUAGCGCGUAGAUGAUCGUGAAAUUAAGCUCGUAGAUAGAUACUACAGGAUUAUUACAUUACUAUCUAUAGUAGAUUGAGUAUACAGUUCAGUCCAGAAUGUGCUUCAUACAUAUCGAGACAAUGAAUCCGCUGUAAUCAAUUUCUGAUAGAGUUCAGACUUCAGAUCAGCUUCAAUUUGUCACAGAUAGCAGAUCGGAUUGGUUUAGAAAGUUUUCUUCGUAACUUCUUACUUGUAUCAUACAGCCUCCUACAAAUGGAAAACGAAACUAAAUAUAUAAUCGAUUCCGAUUGUCUUAACACAUCCUCUCAUCAGCCUUCUCCAAAUGAAAAAGCAAACUUGAAACUACAUAAUUGAUUAUCUUCAGGCAUUCUAAGCAAUCAGCCACAUCAGGUAAAUGAAGGGAAGUACAGAUCACCAAAUAUCAUGAUGUUAUUAUUUCCUCUCUGAAACAGGAAGCAAAACUAAAAAAACAAAUUGCAUCAAUCAGCGACUAUGUCUUCACAUGGGCUUCUGGUUUGCUGGAAAAAAGAGGACAACUAUAGUCAUAUAUAAUAUACGAAAGUAACAGUUUAAUACUCCAGUUUACUCCUACAAAGUACAAACCAAUUUCACAGUUUAAAGUACUCCCUCUGUAAACUAAUAUAAGAGCAUUUAGAACACUACUUUAGUAAUCUAACCACUCUUAUAUUAGUUUACAGAGGGAGUAUAUAUUUUUGUGUUCAUAUAAACCCAUAAUAAUGGAAAGGAAAGCAAAAUGAUCAGAUUUAAAGUGUUGGAAUUUUAGCUAAGCAACUGAAGAGUACAGAUAAGCAUAGUACUGAAACGCUCAUCAUCAAUUCGUCACACGUCUCAGACAAAUAAGUUCCUCACAAGAGAGUUAAACAUGUGGAUGCAUCCACCUUUUGCCCUAGUUAUGAGUCUGAUGACUAACUCUCAGAUUCUCCCCAAAACGAGAUAGUUACUCCUACAAA